GAACAGCUCACUUCCCACAAAAUCUAAUGCUCUUCAUGACCUCUCUCCAUUGGAGAUUCUGUCAACACUGUUAAAAUCGCAGCUCCAUCACCACUGUAUCUUCGAUUCUCAUUUUACGAGCGAAAUUACCCUAACGCUAAGGUGCGGUUCCUAAAUUCUAUCAGAAUUAGGUUUUUUUGUUCUUUUUUACAAGUUGUUGCAGAAUCAAGAAUUUAUGGUGCUGAUUUCUUGAAUUUCAAAUUUACCAAUUACGGAGACGGUGAAAUUUGAUGAAAUCAUGGAUAAUUUGGAGAAAGAAUCGACGUCAAAGUCAAUCAACGAGACGGUGAACGGCUCCCACCAGUUUACGAUUAAAGGUUACUCGUUGGCGAAGGGAAUGGGCGCCGGAAAGUGUAUAUCGAGCGACGUGUUUACGGUGGGCGGUUACGAUUGGGCGAUUUAUUUUUACCCUGAUGGUAAAAAUCCUGAAGAUAAUGCGGCGUAUGUGUCGGUUUUCAUUGCGUUGGCGAGUGAAGGUACAGACGUGAGGGCGUUGUUUGAGUUGACUUUGAUUGACCAAAGUGGGAAAGGGAAGCAUAAAGUUCAUAGUCACUUUGAUCGGGCGUUGGAAGGCGGACCUUAUACAUUGAAGUAUCGGGGCAGCAUGUGGGGUUACAAGCGUUUCUUUAGAAGAACAGUUUUAGAGACUUCUGAUUAUAUAAAGGAUGAUUGCCUUAUCAUGAACUGCGCGGUUGGAGUUGUUAGAAAUCGCCUUGAGGGACCAAAACAGUAUUCCAUACCUGUACCACCAUCAGACAUGGGUCAGGGGCUUAAGGAUUUGCUAGAAUCUGAAAUUGGUUGCAACAUAACUUUUCAGGUUGGGGAUGAAACAUUUAAAGCUCAUAAGUUGAUACUUGCUGCUCGCUCUCCUGUUUUUAGAGCUCAAUUUUAUGGUCUUGUGGGGGAUCGCAACUUGGAUAAAAUCACUGUGAAGGAUUUUGACCCCUCAAUUUUCAAGGCAAUGCUUCUGUUCAUUUACACCGACAAACUUCCUGGCGUAUAUGAAAUUACUGGCUCAACAUCUAUGUGCACAUCGACCAACAUGGUACAGCAUCUGUUAGCUGCAGCAGACCUUUAUAAUCUAGAUCGAUUGAAAUUGUUAUGUGAAUCAAAAUUGUGCGAGGAACUCAAUGCUGACACAGUGGCAACAACGCUUGCUCUAGCUGAGCAACACCAUUGUCCGCAACUUAAGGCUAUCUGCCUGAAAUACGCUGCAACUCCAGCAAACUUGGGAGCUUUAAUGCAGUCAGAAGGUUUUAAGCAUUUGGAGGAGAGCUGCCCAUCAUUGUUGUCUGAGCUCUUAAAGACAUUGGCUUCGGGCGAUGAGAACUCAAGCAUGGCUUCAGGUAGAAAACGCAGCAGCAGCAGCAGUAUGUACGGGCUAGAUCCACCAGCAGAUGGUGCAGCUGCAGAAGCAGCAAAUCCUAAUGGCAGGAGAAUUCGAAGGCGGUUUUAGGACUCAAAGUGGCUUUUAAAUCCUAGAAACCUAGGGGUAAGUGGAUGGAGAUGAUAAUAAAAAUGAAGUUAUUUUCUUGCAUGUUAAUUUUAGAAACUAGUCUGCCUUUACAUAAAGCAGUAAUGUUUUCCUGAGAGGGAUAUUUCAACUCAGUGCCUUUCAUCGAAUUAUCAAUGAACAAUUUCUCCUCUCUGA